AAUCGCAUCCUAAUCACCUCUCAUGGACGUUAGGGCUGAUAUCGAGGAACAAUUGAGGCGCAAUUCCCAGAAUAUGCAUUUCGGAAACCUCUCCGAUCCUUCUUCACUAGACCCUGAUCUCAAAAGCGUCUUCAAUCAAAUUUUGUCGAAGGCAUUUGAAGGUGUUUCGGCCCGCAAUACUGUCGAUUUGUUACUAAAACAGAUCGAUGAGGUAGAGAGUUCCCAAAGACAGUUAGAAGACGUGGUCUACCAGAAGAUUGAGGCAUCUUUGAGCGAGAAUAUCAAACGGGUACAGAGCGAAUUGGACUGCUUACUACAAAAAGAAAACGGUUAUUCAGCAGAAGAAAAUGCAGCAGCAUUCAUAAACGAAAUCAACAAUCCUCGGACCCAAAUUGAUCACUCUUUGGCCAAUAAAGAUCCGAAAUACCAUCAAGAUGUAAACAAUCAAGCGCUAGGGCACAAUGGGCUGCAGCCUGCAUUAAUGAAAAGUCUGCCUAACGAAAUAAUAAAUUAUCGUCUGCCAAGAGGGCCCAGGUCGAACAAAAGUCUCACAGUGCGCGAGCUCUAUGAAGUCUGGUACGUUGGAGACCCAGAUAAAGGGAAGCCUUCAGUAUGCGAUAUACUUGAGAGAUACCCGACAUGGAAAUCCACCGAAACUACCUAUUAUAAUCGACUGAAGCGUGUUGCGAAUUUGAUUGACGAAGUUUCACGUGAGCUGGGUGACGGUCCAAUUCCAGCGCGCAGGCUCGAGGCAGUAAGGACAAUAGAGAUCUUUAUGGAGAAAAACAAAAUCGGAGGAGUCAGUGCAUUGUCUGAUCUUUGCUCGAACCAAAAAGGCGCGCCAGGGUUUCAGACGGUCAAGUCUAAGGUGCUAGAAAAUUUGGCAGACUUAUAAUAAAAUUUUCUGCUUCCUAUUCAUCGAGAUGCAAUGCAAGUCAUGUUUUAUCGGACAAGCUUUAUUAUUGAAUCUCUCGGCUCUUAAGAUCGGGUCUAAGCGUCGGCUAGAAGAAUAGUUGAAAAAACUUUCACUUUUUGGGAGCAGAUAAAUAGCUGUGACAUUAUCUCUGAAAUCAAUAAAAUCAAAUCAUGUCACAGGAUUUCAAAGAGCCCUCUCUUGAAUCUCACACUUUUGAGCAUGACACCGAGGAACAGAAGCCUCGUGGUGUGGCCAGAAUUGAGGCCGUCAAGCAGACUCUAGAUAAAAGGUACAUCUUGGUGCUGAUCUUGUCGCUGUACCUGUGUUCCUGGACUUAUGCGCUUGAUAGUUCCACCACGUACAGUUACCAGCCAUAUGCAACCUCUCAGUUUGACCGUCACUCGAUGCUUUCUACUUUGAGUAUCGCCAACUCCAUCAUCGGAGCUGUUUGUAAGCCAUUCAUUGCCAAAAUAUCCGAUAUGACUUCCAGGGCUGUCGCCUACAUGUUUAUUCUGGUCUUGUAUAUCAUCGGAUUUGUCAUUGCUGCCUGCUCUCCUACGAUCUCUGCUUACGUCAUUGGCUCCGUCUUCAUUGCCAUCGGACAAUCUGGUAUUGAUCUGCUUAAUAGCAUCUUGGUCGCCGACAUGACUCCUCUCAGGUGGAGGGCCACCGUCAAUGGUCUUCUAUCCACUCCAUACCUGUGUACCACUUGGGUGGCAGGUUAUAUUGUCCAAAACAUCACCACUACUAACUGGAGAUGGGGUUAUGGCAUGUUCGCUAUUAUUACCCCCGCUGCGUUGAUUCCGGCCAUUGUUCAGCAUCAAGCUGCCGCAAAUAACUGUUGGGAAAAGCAUGAACAAUCCAAGAUAAAGCACGCACUUAUCGAGAUUGACGCUCUGGGGCUCAUCCUUCUUGGUUUUGCUUUCUCUCUCAUGCUUCUUCCUUGCUCGCUUUAUUCUUACGCCAAAGGUGGAUGGCACAACCCUUCAAUGAUUGCCAUGGAGGUUGUCGGAGGAGUUUUCCUGAUCAUGUACACUAUCUACGAGAUUUGGAUUGCGCCAUACCCAUUGCUUCCUAAGCGCGUUCUUCUGAACAGAACCUUCAUCUGCUGCGUCAUCAUCGAUUUCUGCUAUCAAAUGGGUGGUUACUUCUGGCUGCUUUACUUUAGCUCUUACGACUUGGUCGUUCUGAAUCUUUCCUACAGAGACUGGACUUAUCUUAACAACACAGAGACCAUGGGUUUGUGUUCUUUUGGUGUCAUCUACGGCCUGUUAUUCAGAUACUUCCGUCGGUACAAGGUUUUCCAAGUGUUUGGCUCUAGUAUCCGAUUGAUUGGUCUUGGACUGAUGGUGCAUUCCACCAAGAUGGAAAAUGGUCCUUCUCUCGGUGUCAUUGUGGCCGCCUUGGUUCUCACCUCCAUCGGUGAUUGUGGUGAUGCUAUGGGUACCCAAUUGGCUGCUCAAGCUUGCGUUCCACACGUGGACCUGGCAUCCACCAUCUCUGUUCUUUCUUUAUACACCAGCAUUGGUGCUGGUGUCGGACAGGCUAUUGUCGCUUCCGUGUGGACUUCAAACCUUCCUCAACGUCUUACCGAGCACGUUGGUGAUGCCACCAGGGCCCUUUCCUAUUUCGAGUCCGUUACCGUUAUUUCGGCUCUCCCAUGGGGUUCUGAUGACAGAAUUGCAUGUAUCAAAGCUUACCAGGAUGUCUGUUACCUUCUCUUCUGCGGUGCUCUUGGUAUCAGCUGUGUCUGCUUGAUUGUUACCUUGUUCCAGACUAACUUCUACCUGGGAGAUGGAUUGAACGCUGUUGAAGGAGAACAGAAGGAGGACUACACCAAGAAAUGGUACAACUACAUUGUAGACUUCGUUAAACAUCCUUUCAGGUAA